GCACCCGUUUAGUCUCGGAAGACACCUCUCCUGAAUCCCCGGCACCAAGCCGACCCGCCCUUCCCGUGCGGGUUCUGAGGCCGCCGAAAAGGGGAGGGGUGCCAUAUCCGGGCUUUGGCUACAGCUUGCCCACUCUUGCCCUAGGUAAUGAUGGCGACGCUUUAGCCACCACUUGAGUAAAGAAACAGGAGGCCAUUGGCUGCGGCUGAAAACAAGGUGCUCCGCUAUUGGGCGGGCUGGACCUGGAGCAGGAUCGGGCCGUGCCGAGAGGCUGAGAGGUGAGAAAUGAGGAUCUGGUGGAAAAAUGGGACAGCCUCCCAAUCCCUGACCCCAAGAAGGUGUGGGGUCUGAGUCCAGCCAUGGAAUGUACUCUUCUUGAAGGAACUUCUGGUGGGGAUCCUCGGCCAUUAUCUGCUUUUGAGAGGACGGUCAGACGACGAAAAGUCAUCAUAUUCAGGCCUGAGGCUGAGGAGCAGGAAACCCCUAUACUUCCUCCGGAGCCCCUGGACAUAGGCAGAACUUUGCCCCCCCUGUGUGAAGAUGAAAGAUGGUCACCCAAGAAGAGGCAACGGCUUCGACAGGGCUCCCCCCCGAUGGCGGAAAAGAGCAGGGGCGCUUAUGGUGGGAUGGGAGAGACCCUGUGGCGUGUUGCAUCUCCCAUGGAGAAGGAACAGCGAAGGGUGCUCGCUGUUGAUCUGGAAGACUUUUCCACAACCCAAGUGCCUGAGAUUCCACCAAGGUGUUUGCUUUUACAAAGGCCGGCCUUGUUUCCUUCCACAAAUCCCCUCCAGCUGAUAGUUGGGAAUGAGACCAAAGUUUCCUGGUCAGGAAAAGGGCAGAGUAGCACUGUGUGCAGAUCACUUCCCGCUAAGGUAGGUUCUCAGCCCUGCCAGGAGCCUCAGGAGCAAUUGGCUCACACAUGCCAGCAGCUGUGGGACCAAAGACUGUCUCCCCAUCGCUGCCGUGAGUCAGAGCGGCUGCAAGCCAAGAGGCAGCGCCUGCAGAAGGGGGUUUCCCUAGUAAAUGGGAGAGAGGGCGCACAGGCUGUCCCAGAGGAGAAAGCUCAUCAGCCGAUCCCCAGUUUGGAGGACUCUCAGUUGAACCAAGCCCAGGAUGCCGGCAUUGGCAAGGAGCUGCUGGAGGACUUUCCAUCCCCCUGCCGGAGUGAUCAGCUAGAGUUGCCUCAUCAGUCAUCAUCUUCCAGUGUAGAAAAGCCAGCGCCUUCAGAUCUACAUGACCAUGGCCAUCGCGCAGAUCCGUCCUCUGAAACAGACAGCUCUCCUUCGGCUUUGACUCCCUUGCGCCCACCCGUGGUCCCCCGCUUCAGGCACUGGGGCCUGGCCCCAGUCUUCCAAAGCAUGCGUUCGAAACUGGAAGCCUUUGCUGACAUCUUCCUCAGCCCAUCCAAACCAUCCCUGCCACCUGCUGAGGGAUCCCCCUCCCUGUUACCGCACCCUCCAGGAAAUGUGGAUGAAGCGGCGGCUCUGCCGGCUACCCCUCGCCCGGGAGUCAAGAUUGAGGUGAAAAUUGCCAUUUCGGAACCACGUCCCCGGAAAAGGAGCUGUUGCCGUGAAGAAGAGAAAGGAGAAGUGAGCAACCUGGUGGUGAGUGGGAGGCCCCCCAUCCGCCAGUGGCGCUUGAACGAAGGAGACCCAGCUCCUCAGCCCCGCCUUGGACGUAGCUACUCCUGCCCUGAUUUUCCUAGAGCCUGCUCUUGGCAAACCGUCUCUUCUGGGCUUUCCCCAUUGUCGCAGCUGCGGCAACGCCGACACACGGUUUGCAGUCUGGAAGUAUCUCGAGAACUGGACCGUCCCACUCUGCCCUGCCUGCGCAAGGAAGUCUACCCCUUCAGCACCCCCCCUGCCUGCCUCUUGCUAGGACCCUUGGUUCAUGCUGCACACUGUGAUCCGUCCUCCUACUCUCCCCUCGCACCAUCCUGCUGUCAUGAAUCUGACCCGGAGCAUUCCAGGAACAUCUCCCUCUCCCCAGAUGGUGGGCAAAGGGUACCUGCGGUUGGCCUAGGCAUGGUUGCAUCAGACCAGUUGGUGCUUUCAGAAGUUGAGAUGAAGGGAUCCCAAGAGAAUACUAUAGGGAAGGUGUCCUGCAUAAGAAUCCGGAAGACGCCAGCCAGGCACCAGGCCAAUCUCACUCCUAUGGGGCUUCCCCGUCCGGUCAGGCUGAACAAGAAAGAGUUCAGUCUGGAAGAGAUCUACACAAACAAGAACUAUCGCACGCCCACUGAGAAGAGAUCAUUUGAGACCAUAUUUGAGGUACCACUGGAACGCAAUGGAGCCCUUGUCUUCACCAGCCAACGCAAGCUGAAGAGGGCGAUGGAGUUCAGGGAGGGGGGCCUUCCCCGCAAGCAACGCAAACCCCGCUUUCGAAGAGGACGUAGGGCAAGGGGAAGACGGGCUCAGCCCCAGUCCACUGAACUGGAGGAGAUGCUACAGCAGCGGCUGGCUGAACUGGAUGCCCUGUUUGAGGAGGACAUGUGUUGAAGAGUCUACAUACACUCUCAAGAAAGAAAAGUAUCUCUAGGAGGCCUUACCUUUCUAUCUUUCCCCCUUCCCCCAAACCACUUCUUUCUCAAACCACUCAUGAGUUUUGUCUGAUAUUUUUUCCCCAAGCACCAAGUCACCAUGAGCACUCCAGCCUUCUCCCCGGUUCUCUUUAUUCACCGUAUCAUUCCCACCUAUUGAUCUCCAGUGACAGUAGUUUCAUCAUCCAGGGAUAAUAGGUUGUCCUCCAAGCCACAGAUGUUAUGAACAUGGGGGUAGCUGGACGUCACCCAGCAGCCUCCCUCAGCUAACUGCCUCCUUGCCUGAUUGGUCAUUUUGCCAGUCCCCUUUUUCUUUGGUUCAUGAGCCUGAACAACAGAAUGUUGGUGAUGCCAAAAACAUGGUGGUGCCCAUUCCCUGCAUUCUGCUUCCAGUGCAUAGUCAGACCAUCAGUGCCUCACCCAGGAAGAGCAUGCGGACCCAUCAGCAGGGGAUUUAGCACAGCAAGGGAUGUGUCCAACCAUGUGGAGAUCAAGUUACCCAUACCCUGUGGCUGCCAUCUUGACUAAACCAGAAGACUGGAACAUAAAAGCCCAUUGAUUGCAAAGGAAUGACAGGAGAGAAAGAGCAAAAGCAGGCUUGUAAUGGGGCAGGAGUAAAAAUGGGAAGGAAGGGAAGAUGUGUCAAGAGGCUGGGAAAAGAUAGAUGUCCUCAGCAGUUGUUGGAACAUAAAUGGCUGUGAAUCCUGCUUCAGUAUUCCUAGUUUAAAUGGACUUGCUGGGAUUGUGUUCUGUUAGGCAUGGCGGGGUGGGGGUGGGGAGUUGUUUGCAUUUUUGUAUUAAUCUAUAUUUCUAAUAAACUUUUCUGCUUGGGAGAAUUUUUUUUAGCUUUUUUUUCAGUUAUUCAUUUUCCAAUCUUGUUUACGAGGAUGCCAAAAAUAGCUCAUAGGUAAGUUUCAGGGCCAGUGUUCCCUCCACGUCUAACAAACUGAAGAUAUAGCUGUGGACUGACUUCAUUUGGUGCUGCAGGAUCAAGUCCAUGUGGUUGCCUUUCCCUAAAGUAUUGCUUUCAAGACACAGACUCACAGAUAGUGAAAACUAACCAGUACUAUUGAUCUCUUGUUCUUGCCUUAAAUUAGUAGCAAGAGACAUCUUUUCUUUUUUUACUGUUGUGAAUAAAAAAAAUUC